UAAACAUUUCAGUUGCAGCGGCGUCCAUUUACAGUUUGCUCAACUAGUUUGGAGGACCUUACACAUGUGCUUGCACAGAUUAGGGUUUCACUAAUUGUGAUCGCAACAUGGCACUUUUAAUAAUUGCGGGCAUAUGUAUCGGAUUAAUACAUUCAGCGUCUGCACAAGGAUCAUACUACGGCUACAGUGAUAGUUACUAUCGCGGCCGCUAUGGGGAAGUCAUUAUGGUUGGCGCCAUAGGACUGUCGUUUAGCAUACUAUGUCUGAUCUGCAUUUUCGUUGGUCUGAUCUGCGUCUGUGCAAAGAAAUGUUGUCGCCAAACUGUGCAACCAGCUCCUGGUUUGGCAUUUGUUAACGCAGUACCUAGUUAUAUGCCGUAUGGACAGUCAUAUUUUCAUGGUCAACCAGUAAUGCAUAAUCAACCCGCUAUGCAUGGUCAACCACUUAUGCAUGGUCAACCAGAUAUGCACGGUCAACCAGUUAUGCAUGGUCAACCGCAACAGACGUUCAACCCAUCGGCACCAUCAGCAGCCAGUUAGGGAACAGAUCGGUUCAACUCGCGUCAAAACGUCACUACGCUCACUUAAGGAUUACCAAACAAUGUUUCUUGCUAGUUGACUACUUAUUUUUACGAUGUAAAAUACUGUUAGAACUGAAUUUUCUCCAAAUAAUUGUUUUGGCUUAUUUCAUUUAUUGCUCCUACGUUUCUGUUAUCUGUAUGCCAAUAAUUAAGGUUUUUUGUAUGUGCUAUUAUGUGGAAAAUUGCGCAAAUAUGGUCGAUUAUUUGUGACUGCUUGACCGUCUGUAUGGAACAUGAUUAAACAUUUCAGAAGAAGUAUGUGUUAAUCCGUGCAAACCCCGACAAUGUUCUGCGUUUAUUUAUUUAUUUUGUAUCAAACUUUGUGCCAGCAAGAAAAUGUAGUGUGACAAUAUGGAUAUGCAUUGUACUAGUUGUUUGGAAAAAGCACAUCAAGUUAGUUUACAUUACAUUGCAUAGCACAUCCUUUUAAAUACCUUAAUUGGCAAACAUGACAUUUCAAAGUAUAGAAACCAAUAUUGUCAACGUUUAGGCAUUUUAAUAAUAUUCACUUCAAGAUAAUAUCAGUGAUAAUGCACGCCCUAAAUCAGUGAACACGCAAAACAACAAAAUGUUCCUUCAUUAAUUAUUGAUAUAAUUGUGUUUCAUUAAAACCAGAUACACA